AUGAAGGUCUCACUUGGUCUACUGGCGCUCUUAGCCCAAGGACUUUUAGUCCGGGCUGAUGACCCAGAUGCCCAAUGUAUCGCCGCCAUCACACUGGCCAUUGGCAAGUUCAAGUUUGCGGGAAACUCCUCGGCCAAUGCUCAACUGUGUACCGACAAGUUGAGCGUUGUGUCCACGUGGGCAGCGGCAAAGAUGUAUUGCACCUCGAAUGAGAUUGCAGCAGGCCAGAAGGUCAACAGCAAGACCUGCAAGAAAGCCGGCCUCCAGCUGGUUUCUUAUCAAGAAAUUCUCCCUUUCCUGAAUGACGACUUCAUCGCAUCCUUGCCGGUUGUGGACUUUGACGACAUCAAGUUGCACCAUAAAUGGAACCAGUCAAUUCUGAUAUCUCCGACCUUGUAUAGGGAUAGCUUCAUGACCAAUAUCAUGACCGAUAGAGAGGACGGCAUUGCUAAGAGAUAUGGCUGGGCAAUUUAUGGCUUCUGGGGUGGCAUCCUACUUAUAGGCAUCAUCAACCACUGGCUGAGUUAUCUGCUGCCCUUCCAGCGCAACCCGGCCCUCGCGGACGAGGAAUCGAUUUCAAAAUCACGAAAGCCAGGCCCCCGCCCUUCGGGGCUACUGGGCGUAUCCAAUUCCGUGCAACACUGGGUUCGAACCAACUUGAUCACUCCUGCCGCGUUCGGAUUACACCAUCGACGCGCAUUGUAUUGGUGUACAAUACCUACCAGAAUUCAGACAGUGGUUGUUGUGUUGUUUUAUGUCUUGAAUGUGAUUCUUUGUGGGCCCACAUAUACCGUCUUCCGCGAGAAUCUAAAACUUUCGGAAGCCGAGCAAGCCUGGCGGUACAUAGCAGAUCGAACGGGUAUUCUGUCCUAUGCAAACCUUCCCUGGCUCUGGAUCUUCGCCGGCAGGAACAACAUCUUCAUAUGGUUAACCGGGUGGAGCUUUUCGACUUUCAACAUCUUUCAUCGACACAUUGCUCGCGUCGCCACCGUGGAAGCCAUUGUUCACUCAAUUGGUUACUCGGUGCGGGAAGUUUAUUUACAUAAAUACGUGGGUCUAUGGUCCGAGACAUACUGGUACACGGGAGUAUUGGCGAUGUUUACGAUGGGUUUGAUGGUGUGGUUCUCAUUUAUGUGGUUCCGUGUUCGGGCAUAUGAACUGUUUCUCCUGAUUCAUAUUGUGUUCGCCCUCAUCACCCUCGUGGGACUCUACUACCAUACUUCUUCCAAGUCUGGCACAGAGUACAGUCCCUAUCUAUGGCCGCUUGUCGCCAUCUGGCUCUUCGAUCGAGUUGCUCGCCUAGCUCGAAUCGUCUAUUGCAAUCUCCAUAUCAAAUUUGGCGAUUCCUCCAUGGUAACCACAAAGACUACAGCAACAUACUGGAAAGACGCCAAUCUGGUACGACUGGAGAUAAUGCCGGGGUCACGCGUAUACAAUCCAGCACCUGGUCAGCAUUACUUCCUCUAUCAACCUAUGAAAUUCAAGGGGUGGGAGAACCAUCCAUUCACCUUGGCCAGUUACCUUGAUCUGGACGGAGCCGACGGUACUAUCGGUGUACCAGCUGGAGAGCCAAAGCAAGAAGCAACAGAGAAGGUUGCAGAGGUACCUGACGUAUCUCUCACUCCCUCCACAGAGUCCCCUGCCCCGGCUCCCGUUCCCAUUCAUUCCGACAAGGAGGGACAGGAACAGCGGCUCCAGCACCAUCCAAAACAAACAAACGGCCCAGGGCAGAGGUUGGUCUUCAUGAUUCGGCCCGCCGACGGCUGGACCAAGCGCCUUCGGGACCAAUGUCUCGAGUCGCCCACAGGUGCAAUCCAUCCGAAGAUCUUGAUUGAAGGCCCAUACGGUGAAAAAAGUCCACUCGACCGAUUCGAGAACGUUGUCAUCAUCGUCGGUGGAUCAGGCAUCACGGCGGCGAUAUCGUAUCUUCAAGAACAUAUCCGGAGCUCGGCGAAUACCAAGGGCUCAACCACGCGAACACGGCACAUCACUUUUAUCUGGAUAACCAAGCAAGCAGCCAUGAUCCAAGAAAUUGCAGCUCGCGAGCUCCGGCCCCUUUUCGGCCGCAGCGACGUCCAGAUCCACUUGUAUGCCACCUCUCGCAACUCAAAGGAGCCCACCCAUGUCGCCGUACAAACAGGGAGGCACGCCGAUUUCGCCGACAAGAGCGCGGCAUUAUCAGACAUUGAGAAAUCGUCGGUCUCAAGCACGGCAGGGAGCUCGGACUCGCAGCUGGAAAUCUCGUGGGGCCGCCCGAAUCUUCGCGGCUUGGUUCACUCUGUGAUCAACACGGUUCGACAAGACGGCGGCGACGAGGCUGAUCCGAAACUCGCAGUCAUGGCCUGUGGUCCGGCUGCGAUGGCGGACGAAGUGAGAGCUGCCGUGUACAGCGCUAUGAAGGCAGGGAACCGUGGGGUGAGGUACUUUGAGGAGACGUUUGGGUAA